ACAAAUUCAAAGCCCGAAUUAUUGGAUAAUGAAUCGCCUGCUUAGGUCACAAAUAGGAAGCGGAUUAAUUGACAUCUGCCAACCAUAGCUUUUGUCGCUUACAAUGCUCCUGGAGCCGUCCUUAUAUUCUAUUAAUAGCAUACUCAUCUUAGAUAGUGAAGGGAAGCGCAUUUUAACGAAGUAUUAUGACUCAUCGUUUCCAACCGUUAAGCUUCAACUCGAAUUCGAGUCGAAACUCUUCAAAAAAACAAGCAAAACUAAUGGCGCGGAAAUCACGUUGCUGGACGGCGCGACCUGUGUUUAUCGUAACGUGGGCGAUCUUUACUUUUAUGUUGUUGGGGAUGCUAACGAAAACGAAUUAUUACUCGUCAGUGCCCUUCAGUGCUUGUACGAUUCUGUCAGUCAAGCUCUGAAACGAUCAGUCGAAAAGAAAACACUGAUGGAUAAUCUAGAUUUAAUUUUCCUUAUAGUUGAUGAACUGUGUCAUAAUGGCAUACUUUUAGAGUCCGACGCAACCGCCUUAGUGUCUCGAGUUGGUGCAAGGACAGACGAUAUCCCACUUGGAGAGCAAACGGUAGCACAGGUAAUUUUAGCUGCUUUUUGCUAGUAUCUACGUUGAGUAGGUCAGUCUAUGUUUAACAUAAUUUCGUUGUAGAUGUACCUUUAAGUGCGAUUCCUUUAGUCACUGCUUUUACAUGAUUUGGUCUCAUAUGAUGAGGUAAAGUGGAAAAAUAAGCCUUAAUAUGCAAAAACCAACGAUAUGAUAUACUGUUAAACGCUAAUGGUUUUUCAUCUGUUGAAAAAGCCUGUUUUAUUUCAGUGAAAGGUCACCGACAUAUUGACGGAAGGUUUCCAGUUUGGUUUUCUACUCAUCUGUCAACUGUUACUGGUGUAGAUUCACAACAAAUGUUGCUUCUCUCAUAAGCAGUGUGUUGAUUGUUUGAGAAACGUGUCUGCCGAAAAACUGCCACAAAGUUUGAUUUUAACCAGCUCAAGUCUAUUCGCUAACUAGAUCAUAAUCACUCAUCUUUAACGUAAAGCCUAGCACAGAUGUGUGUGGACCAAAGUUCCCAUGUCCCAUCAGUACAAACGUGAACGACAACCUUGCUGUGUUCAUUUCAUUAGAUAAUUUUUAGUCAAUUGUUUUUAAAAUCAAAAUACAUAAAAUUCUUCUUUUUCACAACAUACAGGCUAUCCAAAAUGCAAAAGAACAAAUACGCAUGUCUUUAAUCAAGUAGUUCAGUGAAGAGGAAAUACAUACUUAUUUUCACUGUUUUUUGAUGGGAACUAUGGGUCGGUAAUUGAGUAAUAACUUUUGUAUCUACUCCAACAUUUGUCACAUUACAGUUGUUCAUAUUUAGCAAGUCUUUUCGCACAUACCCUGGUCGCUGCUGGUGAAUUUUUACACUAAGCUAACUAACUCAUCAAGCUUUAUUUUUGUGUGUGCAAUAGCAAACACUAGCUUACAUCAUAUUCUGGCGUUCGUAAAGUACACUUCAAAUCAUUUCGUUGGCAACUCAUGGUAAAGGAUGACCACUACAACAUAGGGUGUUGUUAAGUCACAAAAUCAAAAGUUCUUAGCUGGGUAGAUCACUUAAGGCUUUUUAGUUAAGUAUGGCCGUGUAUAUCCAGUUUUCGUUUUUUUUCAAAUUUUCUCAGUGCAUGUUUCAUGAGUAACUCCGCUGACGCUCAGUCACUAUCUAGAGUAGCGUUAAGACUUAGAACACCGUCAACAGUAAAUAACCAUCAGUCAGUCAGUCAGUAACAACG